AUGACGCAAUUCCCAAAGCUGCGUGUCCUGAGAAGUCAAUACGUCAAUCAUCUACUUGACUACCCCAAGUGGGCGGAGUGGACUAUAUUUCAGAAUGUCGAAGUCUUCAUUACACCGUAUAGAAGAGGCAAUGCUUACUGGCGAAAUGAAAUGAAGGAGAUUGCGAAACUUCCUAUGCCAGCCAAUUUAUUACAUUUCGUUUUUGUUGUUGAGAAAGGGUAUAUAAUUAAAAGAGAUGAAUUGAUGCGAGAGUUUGGGAAGCAGGGUAUCAGUUGUCAUUUCACAACUAGAUUGACUCAUCGUGAUUUACUCACAUUAGUGACUGGACUGGAGCGCGACUCACAAGAAGAAGUGGAUGACGACGGCCUUGGACAAGUUAUUGCACUUUAA